UAUGGCCAAAGCGCAUGCUGUAACGAAUGAUCUGAGCAGAUCUAAAGCUACCAAGCGGCCACACCCUCAAUUAUCGCAACAGUUCUCCCCUUUCCGAUUGAUCCAACCAAAUCUACGCAAAUGGAAGGAAACCUCUCUCCAACACACCUGGCUCAGUCCUCUCCUCCUCUGCCUUGCAGCUCUCUCCCUCUACCUCCUCAACCCUACGGCCAAUAACCCCCUGCAUGCCUGUCUUUUCCUCUCCUACGCAGGUCCAGACAAUGCGCGUGAACAAUCGGAGUCGAUCCUCUCCUGGAACAGUCGGGCCCAAUAUGCAAAAGGCCCCGCGGACAUCCUCUUCGUGUCCUUCUACGCCCUCGUUUUCACCUUCGCCCGCGAAUUCCUCGUCUCAUAUCUCCUGCCCGCUCUAGCCAGACGCGCAGGAAUCGCCUCACCCGGCAAGCAGGGCCGGUUCAGCGAACAACUCUACACGGCUCUAUACACGCUCGUCUCCAGCAUAUUCGGCAUCUACCUUCUCAUGGACACCGAGAUUCUGUCCUUCUCUUCGCAAAGUCCAUCAACCUGGUCACUCUCCGUUCUCGGAAACAUGCACCUGAACACUGAAAUCAUGUACCAGCACUAUCCGCACCUUGUUCACUCGCCUCUCUUCAAAGCCUUCUACCUGCUCCAGGCAAGCUUCUGGGCCCAGCAAAUGCUCGUCCUGGUGCUGGGGCUAGAGGCUCCACGGAAGGACUUCCGCGCGUUGGUGACGCACCAUUUCGUCACGGUCGGACUGAUCGCGCUGAGCUGGAGGUUCCAUUUCACGUAUUUAGGGGUAGUGAUAUUCGUGACCCACGAUGCGAGUGAUUUCUUUCUUGCGACCUCCAAACUCCUCAACUACCUCGACAACCCCCUUCAAGCCCCCUACUUCGCCGUCUUCGCCCUCGUCUGGAUCCAAACCCGCCACGUGAUGAACCUGCGCGCCCUCUACUCCAUUCUCACGGACUUCGAGACCGCAGGCCCGUGGGGUCUGCACUGGGCCCGGCAGGAAUAUAAAUGCAGGAUCAGCCAGGUCAUCACGUUCGGGCUGCUGGCUGCGCUGCAGGGGUUGAAUCUGUUUUGGCUGUUUUGGAUUUUGAAGACUGCAUGGGGGUUCUUGGUGUCUGGGGGCGUGGUGAAGGAUGAUAGGGAGGAGGAUGAUUGAUAUAGAAGGAUUGGGGGUUUAUUAGAGUUGGGAAUACUUUAUAUAAUAAUU